UAUAUUUUUGUUCUGCGAGUCUGUUUCCACUAAAACCAAAGCAAAAGCCUCAAAUAUCAUUCAUGGAAGUAGAAGCACAAGUUGUGAUUGUAGGAGCUGGAAUUGCUGGCCUUGCAACAUCCUUAGGCCUUCAUAGGCUUGGCAUCCGAAGCUUAGUGUUGGAAUCGUCGGAUAGUUUGAGGACAACAGGGUUUGCAUUCUCAACAUGGACAAAUGCAUGGAAGGCAUUAGAUGCCCUUGGUAUUGGCGAUACUCUUCGCCGACAACAUGAGACACUUCAUGGGAAUGUGACUUCCUCAACGAUUUCUGAGCUUCCAAUAUUUGAAAUGUCAUUUAAGGCCAGGGGAAAAAACGGACAUCAUGAAGUUCGAUGUGUGAAAAGGAACUUGUUGUUGGAAGCUCUUGCAAAUGAGCUCCCUAGUGGCACCAUCAGGUUCUCAUCCAAGGUGGUUUCAAUUGACGAAUCGGGCUACUUUAAACUGGCUCAUCUUGCUGAUGGAACCAUCCUCAAAGCCAGGGUCUUGGUUGGGUGUGAUGGAGUGAACUCGGUGGUUGCAAAAUGGCUUGGCUUCAAGCAGCCGGCAUUUACAGGGAGAUCUGCUAUUAGAGGUCGUACCGACUUCAAGAGCCCUCAUGGUUUUGAUCCCAUUUUCAUGCAGUUCUUUGGGAAUGGUAUUAGAUCUGGUGUCAUCCCUUGUGAUGAUAAAACUGUUUAUUGGUAUUACACUUGGGUUCCCUCCAGCCAAGAGAAAGAGCUAGAAGAGAACCCAGCUCAGCUGAAGCAACAUAUCUUAAGCAAGCUUGGAAAGACACCUGAUAAAGUAAGAGCUGUCAUAGAAAACACUGAGUUGGAUGCUUUUAUAUCCUCACCAUUGAGAUAUAGGCAUCCAUGGGAGCUUCUGUGGGGAAACAUUAGCAAAGGCAAUGUUUGUGUAGCCGGAGAUGCACUGCACCCAAUGACUCCGGACAUUGGCCAAGGCGGCUGCUCUGCGUUAGAAGAUGGCGUCGUAUUGGCAAGGUGUCUUGGUGAGGCCUUGUCGAAGAGCUCAAGGCAAGGAAUGGAAGAUAAAAGUGAAGAAGGAAUGCAGGAACAUAAGAAGAUUGAGGUGGGAUUGAAAAAGUAUGCCAAUGAAAGGAAGUGGAGAAGCUUUGAUCUGAUUAGCACAGGUUAUGUGGUUGGUUUUCUGCAAGGGAGUGAGGGAAAAAUUAUGACAUUCUUGAACAAGUUCUUGGCUCCUUCCCUGGUUCUGCUGCUGUUGAAGAAGGCUGAUUUUGAUUGUGGGAAGCUAAGCAUCUCUUAAUGCAAUGAGACACUAAUAUUAUUUCAUAACAAAAAAAUCUGGAAGCUUCUUGUAGAAACAAAUAAGAUAUUAACAUGUAUUUACUUGUGAACAUGUUUGUGAA